CUCUUGCACUCUCAAGAAGUCUCUCUCCGAGGCCCUGGCCCGGUUUUAGUAGCUCUCUGGGCGGCUCGGUGAAAACAACCUCUGUAUCGAUUGCAACGAUGCCGGGGUGCUGUACGUCGAGGCCCGCGUGGACUGUUUGCUCUUGGAGUUCGUCGAGAAACCCGAUAUUAGGCUGCUAGACAAGUUCCUUCCAUUGCACGGGGUUUCCACCGUGCCGGUAGAGGAAGCAUUUCUAUGAGGGAUACAAAUGAACGUGCUAUCAUAUGGUGAGAUCGUUAUCGGAACUUCUGGCUCGCACAAGAUCAUUGAUGUGACCACCUUUAUGGCUUUUUUGAGGACAUGGACCGCCAUAGCCAUGGGAUCUCCCGAUCAAGCGAUGCAGGCGGACUGCACAGCCGCAUCGACCCUCUUCCCGAGCAGUGACACGAUGCCUAGCAUUAGCAAUGCUAGAAUGUGGCUUGGGAACCCCUUUACCAAACCGGGAAUGAGCAGUCCGAGGAGAUUCGUGUUCGACUCCGCAGCCCUAUCAAAGUUAAAACUUAAUGCUAGGAAUGAAUUCGUUCCAAACCCAACUCGAAUUGAAGCGCUGACCGGAUUCAUUUGGAAACAUGCAAUAAGAGCUUCUAGGACACUGUCCAGCAUGCAGCCCCCAUCGGCAGUGGCCCACUCGGUGAACCUCUGCCGCCUCUGCCUGAACGGUACCGCCUCUGCCCGAAUAUUCAAUCAGAAAUGUCGCUUGGAAGGCAUUCGCAAUCUAUGAAAACACAAGGCCAGAAGUUAAACUGCAUGAUUUGGUCGAGUCAGUGAGAAGAUCCUUUGCUGAGAUAAACGGCGACGGCAUGAAGAAAGUUCAAGGGGACGCCGCGUUUGCGGGAAUUUCCAAGUGGCUAGGAGAGGUGGAUCAGAUCUAUAUAAGAUAAGGCAAGAUUGUUACACUUUCGUGAGUUGGUGCGGCGUGGGAUUCAACGACUUGGAUUUCGGGUGGGGGAGGCCCAGAUGGGCGAGUACCGGGAACAUUGGGGACGAUGUGUUCAAGAACGCGGUCGUCAUGAUGCACGCACUGUCUGGCAAUGGAAUAGAAGCAUGGAUCGUGUUGGAGGAACAAGAGAUGUCCAUACUGGAACAGGUGGGGAGUUUCUUGCGUUUGCUUCACUGAAUCCAUCCAUUUCUUUGACCUAGGAAACCUUCUUGGCUAUUUAAUUGCCAUUUGAUCACUCCCCUGCACCUGCAGUGAUCUUGGCUGCAAAGGACACUGGAAAUUGCUUUGAUUUGAUCUAUAUUUCUCGUCAAUCUAUUUGAGAAA